AUGCCUCGCUUCGACGACGCCGACCUUGGAGUCGAUGCUCCCCAGGAUCCCCGCCAGAGCGAUGCCCACGGCGCUCUCUCUCCCCGGGACCAGCGUGCUGGCUCUGGUUUGGCUAUUCCCUCGGAAACCGGCAACACCAUUGAGAUCCCCGCUACCCGCAGCUCCAUCAGUGAUGCCGCCUCUUUCAUGCACAACCUGAGCUUGGCUCCCUCGAUGAAGGACCGCCGCGGCUCGCGUAACUCCUUCGGCACAUCUCUCCCCAUUCCUCGCUCUCCUCGUCUCUCUCGCCUGUCCUCCGUGCAGAAGGCUAGCCGUCCUUCCGUCUCCCGGGAUAUCCUGGCCUCUCAGGUCCAGGAUAUGUCCGCUGAGAAGGUUGCCAAGGCUAAGAACAUGGCUUUCGCCUUUGACAUUGACGGUGUGCUGGCACACGGUAACCACGCCAUUGAGGAGGCCAAGGUUGCCCUCAAGAUUCUCAACGGUGACAACGAGCUCGGUAUCCGCAUCCCCCACAUUCUCCUGACCAACGGUGGUGGUAAGACCGAGGAGGCCCGCUGUGCUCAGCUCAGCGAGAUCCUCGAGCAGCCCAUCUCCACCGACCAGUUCAUCCAGUCCCACACUCCCAUGCAGGCCUUGGCUGAGUACUACGAGACUGUUCUGGUCCUUGGUGGUGAAGGCUUCAAGAUCCGCGAGGUUGCCGAGAACUACGGCUUCAAGCACGUCGUUCACCCCAAGGACCUCCUCGCCUGGGACCCCUCCAUCUCUCCCUGGGCCACCCUCACCGAUGAGGAGCGCGCUCAGGCCAAACCCCGCGACUUCUCCAAGGUCAAGUUCGAUGCCAUCAUGGUCUUCGCCGACUCUCGUGACUACCAGACCGACUUCCAGGUCAUCAUGGAUCUCCUCCUCGCUGAGGACGGCAAGCUCAUGACCAAGGCCAAGGAUCCCGUCGCCACCCGCAUCCCCAUCUACUUCUCCCAGGGUGAUCUCCUCAUGCCCACUGAGCACAAGGGUCUUCCCCGUCUCACCCAGGGUGCCUUCCGUAUUUCCGUGGAAGCCCAGUACAAGACCCUCACCGGUGUCGACCUUGAGCGUGUCGUCUACGGUAAGCCCGAGCGUGCUACCUACACCUACGCCGACGAGGUCAUGAAGUCCUGGAUGGAGGAGCUCCACGGCGAGGCCCGCCUCCCCGAGAACAUCUACAUGGUCGGUGACAACCCCGCCUCCGACAUCAUCGGUGGUAACAUGUACGGCUGGAACACUUGCCUUGUCCGCACCGGUGUCUUCCAGGGCGGCCCCGGCGAGAACGCCCCCGACAGCCCUGCCAACUUCGGUGUCUUCGACAACGUCCUCGAGGCUGUCAAGGCCGCCGUUGCCAAGGAGCUCGGCGCCGACUUCCAGCUGAAGUGGAACCCCAAGGUCAACCCCGUCCUGCACGGUGAGGCCACCUCCGCCAUCGAGUAA